CGCAUGUACGUGCGGCGUGACGCGAUCCAAACUCAAGCCGGCUUCGGGAGUACGAGAGCGAAUGUUUUUCAUUUGACAUUGAGCCCGCAACGCCGAACGAAGAAGCAAGAAGUGGUGUUCAACUUCAUUCCCGUGGAAAGUGAAAGGUGCAGCGAAAAUGUCGGGCCGAGUGCUACUGUCGAAAGAUUCGGUGUACCAGCAGAUCAAGGAGUAUUACAACGCGAACGGUGCCUCGAUUAACAUCAAGAAGCUGUUCGACGAGGAUGAUAUCCGUUUCGAUAAGUUCCACUUGAAGCUAACGACCCCGGCCGAUGGUGACAUCCUGCUCGACUACUCGAAGAACCGCGUGACGGACGAUGCGUGGAAUCUGCUGCUCGAGCUGGCGGAAUCGCGCGAUGUCGUCAAGAUGCGCAACGACAUGUUCAACGGUGAGCGCAUCAACGUGACGGAGAACCGGGCCGUGCUGCACGUGGCACUGCGCAACCGGUCGAACAAACCGAUCCUGGUCGACGGGAAGGACGUGAUGCCGGAGGUGAAUGCGGUGCUGGCGCACAUGAAGGAGUUCACCGAGCAGAUCCACAACGGGGUGUGGCGCGGCUACACGAACAAGAAGAUCAGCGAUGUGGUGAACAUUGGCAUCGGUGGGUCCGAUCUGGGGCCGCUCAUGGUGACGGAAGCGCUGAAACCGUACAACCAGGGCAUCCGGUCGCACUUUGUCUCGAACGUGGACGGUACGCACAUUGCGGAGACGCUCAAGAAGCUCGACCCGGAGACGACGCUGUUCAUCAUUGCGUCGAAAACGUUCACCACGCAGGAAACGAUCACGAACGCGACCGCGGCCAAGCGCUGGUUCCUGGAGCGCUGCUCGGAGAAGGAGCAGGUGGCGAAGCACUUCGUCGCGCUGUCCACCAACAAGGAGAAGGUGGCCGCGUUCGGCAUCGACACCAAGAACAUGUUCGAGUUCUGGGACUGGGUCGGUGGACGCUACUCGCUCUGGUCCGCCAUCGGGCUGUCGAUUUCGCUCGCGAUCGGGUUCGACAACUUCGAGAAGCUGCUCGAGGGUGCCCACUACAUGGACAAUCACUUCAUGACGGCACCGCUGAAUGAGAAUGCUCCAGUCAUCUUGGCGCUGAUGGGCAUCUGGUACUCCAACUUUUACGGUGCCGAAACGCACGCACUGCUGCCGUACGAUCAGUAUAUGCAUCGCUUUGCCGCCUAUUUCCAGCAGGGCGAUAUGGAGAGCAACGGCAAGGGUGUCACGAAGGCGGGCGAAACCGUUGACUUUGCCACCGGGCCGAUCGUUUGGGGCGAACCGGGCACUAACGGUCAGCAUGCGUUCUAUCAGCUGAUUCAUCAGGGCACUCGACUCAUUCCGUGCGAUUUCAUCGCCCCGGUGCAAACGCACAACCCGGUCGAGGACGGCGCUAUGCACACGAUCCUGCUCGCCAACUAUCUCGCCCAGACGGAGGCACUCAUGAUGGGCAAGACGGCCGCCACGGCACAGGCCGAGCUGGAGAAGGCGGGACUGGCGGGCGAGGCGCUCGAGAAGCUGCUCCCGCACAAGGUGUUCACCGGCAACCGGCCAACGAACUCGAUCCUGGUGAAGAAGGUGACACCGUUCGUGCUCGGCGCACUGAUCGCGAUGUACGAGCACAAGAUCUUCACGCAGGGCGUCAUCUGGGACGUGAACUCGUUCGACCAGUGGGGCGUCGAGCUCGGCAAGCAGCUGGCGAAGGCGAUCGAGGUCGAUCUGGCCGACCCGAACCAAACCACUACGCACGAUUCGUCUACCAACGGGCUGAUUAACUUUAUCAAGAUCAACCAGGAGAAGUAGAGAGCUGAAGGAGGAGGACAGAUCGAAGGGGUGUGUGAUUAUUUAUUUAAAAUGUUGAAAAAUGUGGUUAAAAAACCAUAACUCAUACUUAUGUAUGUAGGCACCACACUUACUCUCUCUUUCUCGGUAGCUACACAUUUGGAUGUUAUCUACACCCACACAAGGAAAAUGGUAAAAAUCUCGUACACACACACUCAACUCAAUUGAGAUAAAGAGUAAUUUGCUUGCAGAGAUAUAGAUCGCGUGUAGUCCCGCUCGUAUCACACCAGAAUCAUUAAAAACGGUGCAAUAUUAUUAAACUAUUUCUCGUAGCUUCUCGUAACUGUGUGUGUGUUUGUGGCCACAUACACACACAUACUAAUAUGCAUGAGUUGUCAGGCUCAAAUGUUAUCCAAUAAAGCUGUAACAGUGUUAAAGUCGUAA